ACAAACAAAUGUCAAUUUGACUUCACCAAAUGGUUGGUUCCGUCCGCCCCCAUUAACCAAAUCGCCACCUCCUCCUCUGGUUAAAGAAAGCUAUGAAACUCUGAUACUAAACUCUCACUAGCUUCUCUCUUUCUCUCUCUCUCUCUCUCUCAUCUUAGGGUUAAGGGAAGAGGAAGAGGAUGGGGACAUCUCGGCGUCAGCUGAAGGCCAUGCUUCGGAAGAACUGGCUUCUGAAGAUUCGUCACCCUUUUGUUACUUGUUGCGAGAUUUUACUUCCUACUCUAGUUAUGCUGAUGCUGAUAGGUGUGAGAACGAGAGUUGAUACGCAAAUUCACCCGGCACAACCGUACAUUCGGAAAGGGAUGUUUGUGGAAGUGGGUAAAUCUGAUGUUUCUCCUAGUUUCCAACAGAUUCUCGAAUUAUUGUUGGCUAAGGGUGAAUAUCUGGCAUUUUCACCGGAUACAGAGGAGACCAGGAUGAUGCUUGAUAUAAUAUCUCUAAGAUUUCCUCUUUUGAAGGUGGUUGCAAAAGUUUACAAAGAUGAGCCAGAGCUGGAAGAUUACAUACGUUCAGAUAUUUAUGGUGCUUGCAGUCUGUUAAAGAAUUGUUCUACUCCCAAAAUCAAAGGAGCGAUAGUAUUUCACGAACAAGGUCCUCAGCUAUUUGACUAUAGCAUACGUCUAAACCACUCAUGGGCCUUUUCAGGAUUUCCCGAUGUGAAAACCAUCAUGGACGUAAAUGGGCCUUAUCUCAAUGACUUGGAAUUGGGUGUUACUAGUGUACCAACUCUACAGUAUGGCUUCAGUGGGUUUCUGACUCUGCAACAGUUGGUGGAUUCUUUCAUAAUUUUUGCCAGCCAGCAAAAUCUGACUGACCUGGCUGAGAAAGAAAAUGAAUUACCUCCAUUCCAUUCAUUUGAAAAUUCCUCUACUGCCAACCUUCCGUGGAUGCAUUUCAGUCCUUCAAACAUAAGGAUUGCACCAUUUCCUACUCGCGAAUACACUGAUGAUGAGUUCCAGUCUAUCAUCAAGACAGUCAUGGGAGUACUGUAUCUGCUGGGUUUUCUCUACCCUAUUUCUCGUCUGAUCAGCUAUUCCGUGUUUGAGAAGGAGCAAAAAAUUAAGGAAGGCCUUUACAUGAUGGGUUUGAAAGAUGAAAUAUUCUACCUUUCUUGGUUCAUUACAUACUCCAUACAGUUUGCAGUAUCUUCUGGAAUCAUCACAGCCUGCACGAUGGGGAGUCUUUUCAUGUACAGCGAUAAAUCCUUGGUGUUCGUGUAUUUCUUUUUGUUUGGAAUCAGCGCAAUCACGCUUUCCUUUUUGAUAUCUACAUUCUUUUCACGAGCAAAAACAGCAGUUGCGGUUGGGACUCUUUCUUUCCUUGGAGCCUUCUUUCCUUAUUACACAGUCAAUGACUCAGAUGUUCCUAUGAUAAUAAAGGUCGCAGCUUCUUUCCUUUCACCAACGGCUUUUGCUCUUGGGACAGUUAAUUUUGCUGAUUAUGAGCGUGCUCAUGUUGGAGUUCGUUGGAGCAACAUGUGGCGGGCAUCAUCUGGAGUGAACUUUUUGGUCUGUCUCCUCAUGAUGUUGCUUGACUCGGUGGUGUACUGUGCAAUUGGUCUGUACUUGGACAAGGUCCUUCCUAGGGAAAAUGGAGUACAUUAUCCAUGGAACUUUUUAUUUAAGAAGUACUUCUGGCAAAAGAAAAGUGGCGUUCAAGAUCAUGUUAUGGAUCAUAGAGUUAAAACUAAUGACAAGCCAUGGAAAAAUGGGGUGAUUUUUGCGUCUAAUGGUGUUUCUGAACCUGUGGUUGAAACUGUAAGCUUGGAUAUGAAGCAACAGGAGCUUGAUGGGAGGUGUAUCCAGAUCAGGAAUCUGCAUAAGGUGUAUGCUACUAAAAAGGGAAAAUGUUGUGCUGUAAACUCACUACAGCUUACCCUAUAUGAAAAUCAGAUUCUGGCUCUUCUAGGGCACAAUGGAGCUGGUAAAAGCACCACAAUAUCUAUGCUUGUUGGCCUUCUUCAACCUACUUCUGGGGAUGCUCUGGUGUUUGGGGAAAAUAUUUUAACUAAUAUGGAUGAGAUUCGGAAGGGAUUGGGUGUAUGCCCACAAAAUGAUAUUCUCCUUCCUGAACUAACAGUUAAGGAGCAUUUGGAAAUUUUUGCAAUUUUGAAGGGUGUAAAGGAAGAGAUGUUGGAGAGCAUUGUGACUGAGAUGGUUGACGAAGUGGGUUUGGCAGAUAAAGUUAACACUGUUGUUAGUGCACUUUCUGGUGGAAUGAAGAGGAAAUUGUCUCUUGGAAUCGCGCUUGUAGGAAAUAGUAAGGUUAUCAUCCUUGAUGAACCUACAAGUGGAAUGGAUCCAUAUUCCAUGCGAUCAACGUGGCAAUUAAUCAAAAAGAUCAAGAAGGGUAGGAUAAUAUUAUUGACAACGCACUCGAUGGAUGAAGCUGACAUCUUAGGAGAUCGAAUAGCCAUUAUGGCCAAUGGUUCUUUGAGAUGCUGUGGAAGUUCUCUUUUCUUGAAGCACCUGUAUGGUGUUGGCUAUACUCUUACUUUGGUGAAGAGUGCACCUAGUGCUUCAGUAGCUGCUGACAUUAUUCAUCGGCAUGUUCCUUCUGCAACGCGAUUGAGUGAUGUUGGUACAGAGAUUUCAUUCAGACUUCCUCUAGCAUCCUCAUCCUCCUUUGAGAGUAUGUUCCGGGAAAUUGAAAGUUGCAUGGGAAGAUCAGUCAAACUUUCUGGAACAAGGUCUAGUGAAGAGUGUCUAGGGAUUGAGAGUUAUGGUAUCUCUGUUACAACGCUGGAGGAAGUUUUCUUGAGAGUUGCGGGAGACAAAACUGAGCAUAUUGAACCACCAAACAAAGCUUCUAUUUUUUCUGAGUCUGUUGAUGCUGAAGCUUCUCUUCCCUGUUCUCCAACUAAAUUGUCAAAUUCCAAGAAACUAUGUGGAAAUUUUAAGAAGGUUCCUGGGGUGAUAUGCACUGCAUUUGUGAGAGCUGCUUGUUUGAUUCUUGCUAUGGUCUGUAGUUUCAUAAGGUUCUUAAGUAUUCGCUGCUUUGGCUCUUGUUUCAUCGUGAGGUCUACAUUUCUGAGACAUUGUAAAGCUCUUCUUGUGAAGAGGGCUAUAUCAGCUGGGAGGGAUCGUAGAACAGUUGCUUUUCAGCUUGUAAUUCCUGCCGUUUUCUUGCUCUUUGGUCUCCUUUUCCUCAGGCUAAAGUCACAUCCUGAUCAGCAGUCUGUGACUCUGACUACUUCGAACUUCAAUCCCUUAUUACGAGGCGGGGGUGGUGGUGGUCCAAUUCCUUUUGAUCUAUUCUGGCCUAUCUCGAAAGAGGUUGCACCAUAUAUAAAAGGGGGCUGGAUUCAAAGGUUUGAACUCAGUUCAUAUAGAUUCCCCGAUGCAGAGAGUGUACUAGCUGAUGCUAUUGAAGCAGCAGGGCCAAGAUUGGGCCCAGUUCUUAUUUCCAUGAGUGAAUUUCUAAUGAGCAGUUUGAAUGAAUCAUACCAGUCAAGGUAUGGAGCAAUUGUAAUGGAUGACCAGAAUGAUGAUGGGAGCUUAGGAUACACUGUACUUCAUAACAGUUCAUGUCAGCAUGCCGGUCCAACUUAUAUCAAUGUAAUGAAUGCUGCAAUUCUAAGGCUUGCAACACAUAAUGAAAGAAUGAUGAUUCAGACGCGUAACCACCCACUGCCAAUGACUAAGAGUCAACAUUCACAGCAUCAUGAUCUGGAUGCUUUCUCUGCCGCAAUUAUUGUCUGCAUUGCUUUCUCCUUCAUCCCUGCUUCAUUUGCAGUUUCGAUUGUAAAGGAACGCGAGGUAAAAGCGAAACACCAGCAGCUGAUUAGUGGGGUGUCUAUAUUGUCAUAUUGGAUUUCCACAUACAUAUGGGACUUUAUCAGCUUCUUGGUACCUUCAGCUUUUGCAAUAAUUCUUUUUUACUUAUUUGGUCUGGAUCAAUUUAUAGGAGGUGGUUGUUUCUUGCCAACAAUAACCAUAUUUUUGGAGUAUGGCUUAGCAGUUGCAGCAUCAACAUAUUGCCUCACUUUUUUCUUUUCUGACCACUCUAUGGCCCAGAAUGUGGUUCUCUUGCUACACUUAUUCACCGGCCUCAUACUCAUGGUUAUUUCAUUCAUUAUGGGGCUUAUACAAGCAACUAAAAAUGCGAAUUUGUUUCUCAAGAACUUCUUCAGAUUAUCACCAGGAUUCUGCUUUGCGGAUGGUCUUGCUUCGCUGGCUCUUCGACGACAAGGGAUGAAACUUGAAUCCAGUGAUAGAAUCCUUGACUGGAACAUUACUGGUGCUUCAAUCUGCUAUCUUGGUCUUGAGGUACUGUUCUUAUCUAAUUCAGCAUGCAUCAAUGCUCAAGGAUAUACUGUAAUUAUUUAUCUAAAAGAAAAAUGAUGAAAGAUAGCAAUG